AUGGAGGAACUGGUGGAAGUGAAGGUUAGUACGAGACAGAGAGAAGCUCACAACUCUCUGACCAUAUCAACUCCACCACUUCAACUUCAGCUACGUUCUCCUUCUUUGGGCUUAAAUGAUUCGGUUCCUAAAACUCCGAAAAGCCCGUUUUCAUCUCGUUUUAUGAGCACUCCCUUAGCCAGCCCCGUGAAGAAGGCCCUUGAAAACAUGCAAGGUUACCUCGAAGAAGUUGGUCGCUUCACUAAGCUUGACCCACAAGAUGAUUGGCUUCCCAUCAGUGAGUCCAGAAAGGGAAACGCCUACUACGCUGCGUUUCAUGUGCUUUGCUCAGGGAUAGGAUUUCAGGCCCUUGUUCUUCCCCUCGCCUUCACCAUUCUUGGUUGGACUUGGGGAAUCUUAUGUCUGUGUGUGGCUUUUACGUGGCAACUCUACACCUUAUGGUUACUGGUUCAGCUUCACGAAUCGGACACUGGUGUGCGCCAUAGCAGGUACCUUAGACUUGCUAUGGCAGCAUUCGGAGAAAAGAUGGGAAAAGUGUUGGCACUCUUCCCAAUCAUGUACUUAUCGGGUGGGACAUGUGUGACACUCAUAAUGAUCGGAGGUGGCACAAUGAAGAUAUUCUUUCAGAUAGUGUGCGGAGAGGAAAGCCCACUCAAAACCAUAGAGUGGUAUUUGUUGUUUACUUGCACUGCCAUUUUGCUUGCCCAGCUACCAAACCUGAAUUCCAUAGCAGGGGUUUCCUUGAUCGGAGCCAUCACAGCUGUAGGUUAUUGUGCUCUUAUAUGGGUAGUAUCUGUAGUCCAAGGAAGACUUGAUAAUGUGUCCUAUGAGCCAACGAAGGUACAAUCAGAGGCCAAUAGGAUUUUUAGCGUGUGGAAUGCACUAGGCAUCAUUGCCUUUGCUUUCCGAGGUCACAAUCUUGUGUUGGAAAUACAGGGAACCAUGCCUUCGGAUGCUAAGCAACCCUCCCGUUUGGCCAUGUGGAGAGGUGUCGUGUCUGCUUAUCUAGUCAUUGCUUUGUGUUUGUUUCCCCUUGCCAUUGGAGGUUACUGGGCCUAUGGAAUUUCGAUACCUACCAACGGAGGAAUGUUAAGUGCUUUGAACAAAUACCACGAACUUGAUACAUCAAAAUCUAUCAUCGCUUUGACAAGCUUGUUAGUUGUCAUAAACAGCCUCAGUUCCUUCCAAAUCUAUGCAAUGCCAGUAUUUGAUAAUUUGGAAUCGAAAUACACAAGCAAGAUGAACAGACCAUGCCCGAGGUGGCUACGAGUAACCUUCAGGGGACUAUUUGGGUGCCUAGCAUUUUUUAUUGCUGUAGCAUUACCAUUCUUACCAAGUUUGGCAGGACUGAUUGGAGGCGUUGCUCUACCAAUAACCUUAGCUUAUCCCUGUUUCAUGUGGAUAGAGAUUAGGAAACCACAGAAAUGCAGCACAAACUGGUAUCUGAACUGGAUACUCGGAGUUGUUGGUAUGAUUCUGAGUGUACUGGUUGUCAUAGGAGCCAUUUGGGGCAUAGUUGUACAGGGCAUAGAGAUCCAUUUCUUCAAUCCACAGUAA